AUGCAGAAAGCAGGACCAGAAUUAUUAAUUCCAGCUCCACCGCCUGCAGAUGAAGUGAACGAAAUUCCUGGAGGUGGCAAGUUGAUUAGACAUGAUUAUUUUGAUCACCCAGAUCCUCAUAAAAUUAAAGACAAGGCAAUGCUUCUUGCGAAAAUAGAAGAAGCCGACGAAAUUGAUAAAAUGCGUAAUCAAAGAGUUCUUGAAAAGCCAGAUGUCAUAGGACCAAAUCCUCCCCUUAUGAGUGUAGUUGCCCCUGUGAAAACAGAAAAGACAGUAGAAACAGCUAUCGAAGAAAUUGGUGUCCCCAAACAAGAUUCAGUUGUCACAGUUCCUCCUGCUCCGAGUAAUCGCUACCCAGAUACAAAUGAUGGAGAAGACAGAGAUCCAGUGGCAAGAGAGCGCAGAGCAAAAGUGAAAGAAGUGAGUAUUAUGUUUUUAUAG